AAACAAUUCACUUUUUGCUGCUUUGCCUUUAUUAAGUCCGGCGUAAUUUUAGAAUUUUGCUAAAUUCUAUCGUAUUGAUUUUUUCAUGGCUCCAAAGUGAUACAUUGCAUAUGGGUAUAAUCUCAUGGAUGAUUUCGGUUCCGGUGCCCCUCUCUAGUUCCUGGUAAACAUUCUACUGCUAUAUAACGUGAGAAAGAAAAAGAAGAAGAACAAGGCGUGCUUCAGUGUAAAUAAACAUGCGACUGCUAUGCAUGAAAGGAUAAAACCGGAAGGAAUUGCCGUAUAUACUCAGAAAAAAAACGCGAUAAAUUGUGAUGGAUGAAAAGUGUGGUGGACAGCGAUAGGAGGAAAAAUGAACUCGUCGGAGCACCGUUCAUAAAGUCUGUCAUAACAUGUCGGCGCAAAACAACAACGGAUGGUACCGUAGGAAACAUAGCGACGAACGCAGCAGAUCAUACGACCAAACCGUAAUAAGUGAUGAUGACGAAGAAUCGGAUACACUGACGGAGCUAUCGCGGGAGUCGCUUACAAGUAGCCAAGGACGCAGCAGCAUCGGUUCUAUUCCGUGGGCAGAGGAUGCAAUAAAACAGAAUCAAAACGAAUGGGAACGGAUCGACCGGAUGUUCUAUGGCGAGGAGGAUCUGCCUGUAGACGCGAAACUCCGCGAAGAGAUCCUGGAAUGGACAUCCGUUUUUCCAUUCCUCCGAGUUACGGGCAAACCGAUUACCAUCCAAGAAUCGGUCCAUGUGAAAGGUAAUGAUCCGUUUUACGAAGAAAUAUAUAUGAUAGAUCCUCCGCUACCCGGAAGGACGCGUUCCUCUCGGUCUGGGCGAGACGGGCCUACCAAUCAACCGGCCAAGGAUGUGGAAUGUGUGCUUACGUCUUGUGAGCUGGAUAAAUGCUUGUACAUUAGCUCUGGUCAGUUAUACCGACAUAGCAAUCAAGCUUCGGCUCAAACGAAAGCAGGGCGACGAUCUGGGACAGAUCUAGGUUCAGUGUCGGAAGUCAUAGAUAGGAUAGACAGACCAUAUAUCAAAGUAAAACCUCUCAACAGUCUGAUGGUACCACAGGUGCCAGUCGUCUCGGUAGGUUCGAUCGGGUUACUAAUAUCGAACCACUGUGUCGGCCCAGCUAGCUAUCACGCUCUGUCUGGCGUGAGUAGAAAUUGCAGUGCACAAUCAGUCACACAUAAUAACAAUGACGGUGGGAACAAUGCUGGCCGUAGCAGAAACGUAAAUUUGCAACGGAAACUCGCACCCUUGCCCCAUCGACCAUCGCAACAGCAGCAGCAUCAGAACAAAUCUUCUAAAACAAUCGAAACGACCAUACUGUCGGCGUCGGCAUCGGCAACACAUAACCGCAUCCCACCGUUAUCUAAGAACUAUAAGUUCCUGGUACAAAACAGCUACGUGGCACCGACGCUGUUGGCGGAAAUUGAACAAAGACAUCACAACAAACUGAACGUGGUCAAGUCGGCAACCACGAGGUACAUGGCAUCUUCGCCAACCAAGCACAUCUUUGCCUUGCCUGCCUUAACCGGAAUCGACGGACUGGUUCGUCACAAUCCUGUUACGGGAUUGCAGCAAAGUCCGGUCAAGAACCGAGCAUUUCGAUCGGAGGUCAUUGGUCGAUCGAUCUCUGCUGCAGUUACGCAAAAACAAAAUCCGAUCUAGUAUAAAAUCUAUCAUUAUGGUUGAAACCAUCGCAAUGCUACAUUCCGUCCUCGUUUGCGUCUAGCUGAUGCAACAUAACUGUAGCAAUAUAGUGCAACAUUUGGUUUAUUUUAAUGUAUUCUUUUAUUUAUUACAGAGGAAAACUACGAUCUCAUCUUAAAUGAAUAUGAUUUAAAGGGUUCAUGUUUUAAUUAUUCAGCUAUAACCGCAGCUAAGUGUUAU